CGAUUAUUACUGAAAUAAAAAGCAAAGAGAGAGAGAGAGAGGUUUUAAACUUUUAAUUAAACCUUUUUUCUGCAAUUCACCAGAAACAUUCCGUUUCAGAUAAUUUGAUUUUUGAAUUUCCUUUUGCUCUCUCUCUCUCUGCUCGAUUAGAUCUGUUCCUGUGAUUCAUCGUCGCCUCACGCCGUUGCUUUCAUUCGAAAAUGCCGCCGACUGAUGCUGAGUUCGAUCCCAAAGUGUUGCCUCAGUCCGCGACGGGAAGGGAUUACACAUUCGCGAACGUUGACAAUCUGGAGCAUUGUGCAAAGUACUUGAACCAGACGAUGGUUACAUUUGGAUUCCCGGCCUCGCUCGAUCUCUUCUCCAACGAUCCGGUUUCUAUCUCGAGGACCUGUAAUUGCAUGUACUCGUUGCUUCAGCAGCGACAGCGUGACUUGGAGUUUAGAGAAUCUGCUAAUGAGCUGAGGCAGAGACAACAAUCGGAUAUAGCUAGACUUGAAGCUAAAGUUGAGAGGCUCGAUGCGCAGCUCCAACACAAGGACAGGGAAAUUGCAACGAUUACUAGGACUGAAGCGAAAAACACAGCGGCUUUGAAGUCGCAGAUUGAAAAGCUACAGCAGGAGAGAGAUGAGUUCCAAAGGAUGGUGAUUGGUAACCAGCAAGUCAAAGCUCAACAGAUCCAUGAAAUGAAGAAAAAGGAAAAGGAUUACAUUAAAUUACAGGAACGGUUGAAUCAAGUAUUGAUGGAGAAAAAGAAAGAAUCAAAGUCAGGAAUGGAGAUCAUGAAUUUGCUACAGAAAGAAGGGAGGCAGCGUGGGACCUGGAAUGGCAAGAAGACUGACACUGACUUCUACAAAAAGAUAGUGGAUGCAUAUGAAGCAAAGAACCAAGAGUUAAUGGCUGAGAACUCAAACUUAAGAGCACUGCUUCGAUCCAUGCAGACAGAUAUGCGUGAUUUCUUAAACGCUCCAAACGGGUCAGCUAAUCCUUCAUUGGCUGGCAAUGAGAAACGUGAGGCUGAUCCUUCACAAUCUCCGCUGGGUGGAAAGACGGAUGUCUUUGAUCUACCUUUCCGUAUGGCUAGAGGUCAAAUAGAAGAAAGUUUGCGCACUAAGAUGGCUUCCAUAAAGGAACGCAUGGUUCAGUUACAAGAUGCACCUAAAGGAGCUUCUGUCACUUCCGAAGCAACAGAGAGAGAGCUUGAACUUGAAGCUCAGCUAGUCGAGGCAAGAAGCAUAAUCCAAGAACAGGAGUCCAUAAUGUGUAAACACCUCCCAAAAUCAGAGCAGCGAAAGGGAAUCCAUGGUUCCAUUGACAGCUGAGCUACAGCGAGUAUGAGGAUGUUGGAACUCGAAAACCAUGGAUCCAAGUGAAGUUAGUUUGCAUUAAGAGACUGUCAGAAAAUGUAGUAGUCGUGGUAGUAUUGUAUUUGACCAUCACCAAACCUCUCUCCUUGGAUUAUCUUAGUUAUGUAUAUUCAGCUUUUAGUUGUGUCACUAUCAAAGAUGCUUACUCCUUUUGGAGAAUCAAAAUCUUUUUUUUUU